AUGUAUACAUGCAGGUUGCUGCUUGCUAACAAGGUGGCCGUCAUCACGGGAGCCGCGAGCACAGUCGGCAAGGCGAUUGCCCGAAAAUUCUUCGAGAAUGGCGCCUCGGUCUUCCUCGCUGACAAGGAGCUGAACACGUGCAAAAGCUUCGCAGGCGAACUCGAAAACAGCAAGGACCCUAAUGAUAAAACCACGAAAGUGGCUAAAGCAAUGACCUACGACACAAGCGACUGGCUGAAGUUUAGUGAUGAGAUUGAGAACCUGAAGGAUGAACACAAGCAUCUUGACAUCUUCUACAACAACACUGAGUUCAACCACGUGUCUGCUUUGAGUGACAGCAAAGCCUUCGAGACCGCCAUGGCGGCCAACUUCCAGUCCGUCCUGGACAGCAUCAAUCACACCAGUGCUGUGAUGACGAGCCAGAACCCGAAGGGAGGCUGCAUCCUCCUGAGGAGCAGCACCAUGGGCUUGCUCGGCGACGUGGUGCCGUCGGCGUACAGCAUCUCCCAGGCCGCAGCCAUCGGCGUGAUCCGGGCCAAGGCGGCGGAGCUGGCGGGGCAUGGUGUGCGGGUGAAUGCUAUCUCGCAGCACGCCAACAUUCACAAGCGCGUGCUCAAGUCAAUCUUCCCCCAUGCCGAGAAUGACCACCUUGAACAUAUGAUCAACAAGUACAUUAUGACCAAGAUGGCGACCGAAGAGGACGUGGCCAACGCAGCGGUGUACCUCGCGUCGGACUACGGUAAGAGCCUGACAGGGAACAACCUCAUCCUGAACGGCGAGUUCACUACUCCUUAG